AUGAGUUUAUGGAAUCUAUGGACUAUUUUAUUCUCAGUUGUACUACGUGUAUUUGCUGACGAUCAGAACUUAGCGUAUACAGAUCGAGUGACGGCAACAGAGGCUGGUCCUCAUGAAAUCACGGUUUUGACCACCAAAACCGCACCAGUUGCUGGCUUACAUAUCAAAAUUGAUCUUUUUGAUUUGUAUGAUAACAGAAAUUAUACAGUCUAUAAUUUACCUGGGAUGCUACUUCAGCUAACAAGAGGCCGUUAUACGUUUAUGGCAUCACCAGACCGUUGGUAUGCAAUUGCAUUUCGUUGUGAUAAUGUCGUUGAAGGAACUGCUUAUAGGCAUAGCGAGGGACGAGUAGUCCGAACUCCACCAGAACGUCAUACGAUACCAAGAGUUGGGGUUAAAGUAACCGCUUACAAAGAUGUCAAUAAUACUGAAAAUAUAAUUUUACAGGCUAAAUGGGUGGAUAAAGACACACGCAAUGCGUUAACAAUGGUCGGAAUAACAGCGGAUAUCCGUUGUAACCAGACUCUACCAACAACGCGGAUAUUUUAUCUUCAACGAUCAGAUUCAUAUAUCAAUCAAAGUCUUGAGGUUCGAACGAUCGAUGAGUUCUACGUCAAGAAAUCAGCAACAUCUACUACAGUCAAAGUACUUGCCAAAGGCUGUGACAGAUUACACGCUUCUUGUAAAGCCUCAAUUUCCUCUAACGCUUUCAAUUACACUUCACAAGCGCUUUUCGCAAAUUUGUCCAAAAAAUUCUUGUCAGUGCUUCUAACACUUUUCCUUUACAUUCUCAGCAUAUGUUGGGAACAAACGCUGGUGAGCAACAAAUUUGGGCAACAGUUCGUUUCAUAUCACGAAAACAGAGUAUGCGAUUCAAUUCCGCCCGUAAAUGUUUCAGCUCCAAUUCGUGUUUAUCAAGAUUAUAAGGUUACAGCUGGAUCUCUUGCAAUCAGCACUAAGUAUGUAGAUCCAAAAAAUCCUGAUGGAAUUGAUAAAGCUGAAAUUAGAAUUAAUGCAACUGUCAUUGGUUACCCCUCCUCAGACGGUGAUCUGUAUGCUGAGUACAACACUGAGGAACAUCCGGAUCCCAUAUAUUCACUAGAUUCUUUGGAACCGGAUAAAUGGUACGCUGUCAUCUACCAGUACACCUUGUUAUCACCUUUUCGAUUUCACGAACAGAAACGUUUUGUGCUACAACCUGAGCUGGCGCUCAACGCUGACACUGAAGCAGGUCCAUCGUCCACCGACAAUGCUCUGAUUUUCUUGCGAUUUUCCUCUCAAAACUUCUACGACCACAAUGGAAGAGCAAACGACAACGGCUUACCUUCGGUGACAAUUGAACGGGGAGAAAAUUAUUCUGGUUAUAACAUUUUGGCAACAGUACCAGCCCCCUGUGAACAUUUGGAUAACAACACUGAAGUUUGGUUAGAUGAUUCCAAUCCGGUUUCAACACUGAAUACUGAUUUACCAAGCCUUUUAUGUUCUUCUUCACGGCAUUAUAGUUUUUGUCAAAAAGACUUGAUAAAAAAUGUUGAUGUACGAUGUGAUGAGGAGCUUUGUUUUUAUGGUGACCUGCUAAUUGAUGGAGAAAAAUAUGAGAUAAAGCAACAUUGUGAAAACGUUUCCCUGUAUUAUGAAGAGGAACCGCUACAAGAUGAUAGUGCACCAGUUCCCAGAUACAUAUCCUGGUUUUUCUGUAUUUUAUUUUAUUGUUUUCAAAACCAAAUCUCUACUGAUUUAAUUGUUCUUUAA